GCCCCUCCCCUCAAUCGCAUCUUUUGAAUAGCUUCCACUCUUUUAAUGGAUAUAUUUCCCUUCUUCUUUUACUAUAUUUCGUCAUAUCAUAUUCCAUAUUCUGAAGCACUUGUUUUUUAGUUCUGGUCAAGGUUCAUUUCUGCAAUUUAUCAUUUAUAGAAACGAAAUAAAUUAUCUUUUUUUAUCUUAUACCGUUUUUCUUAUUAUUUCAGGAUCCUUACUGAAGCUGGCAUAAAAAAAAAAGCGUUUUGAUAUCAGAAGCAUCAUCACUAUUCACUAUCUUUUCAAGACUCAAGGACGAUGUUAUGCAGAACAAAUAUAACCAUGUUUAUAUAAGUCUUGUGAAUUAUGGUGAAAGGUUUCUACUGGCUGAGAUUAUUUGCAGGAUUCUCUCCCCUACCGAUAUAGCCAAGUCUCUCAUUUACUACGAGAUACCUACUUCUGUCUGGAAUGAGUACAUAAUAAUUUGUAUUGUAAAUAGAUUAAUUUAUAAAGGACUUUGCAGUCUAGAUCACAGUUAACAGAUAUAUAGCAAAAAGAAUUUUUGUGAGAAAUAAAUCAUAGAAAGGAAAACAAGAUAAAUAUUCUUAUCUUGUGGUGAGAAAAGAAAAUUAUUAUAUAAGUUAAAAGAUUGAUAUUAUUUUCCUGAAGAGAUGGCAAAAACCUUAGACAAAGCUUCAUAUGAGUGCAGUAUCUGUAAAAAGUCAUUUGCUUCAAAAGGUAACCUAACUUCUCACAUACGUAUUCAUACAGGAGAGAGACCAUAUCACUGUGGUGUCUGUAGCAAAAAUUUCUAUCGAAGUGGUGAGUUAACUAUUCAUAAACGUGUUCAUACAGGAGAGAAGCCAUAUCAGUGUGAAAUCUGUGGUCAAUCAUUCACUCGUAAAGAUAUUUUAACUACACACAAACGUAUUCACACAGGAGAGAAACCGUAUCAGUGUGAUAUGUGCAGUAAAUCAUUCUCUAGAAGUACCAACUUAACUGAUCACAAACGAAUUCAUACUGGAGAAAAACCCUAUCAUUGUGAUUUUUGUGGUAAAUCAUUCAAUCAAAGUAAUCAGUUAAUUAAACACAAACGUAUUCAUACAGGAGAAAAGCCCUAUCACUGUGAUAUCUGUGACAAAUCAUUCUCUCGAAACGAUGAGCUAACUGCUCACAAACAUGUUCAUACAGGAGAGAAACCAUAUCAAUGUGACAUCUGUGGUAAAUCAUUCCUUCAAAAUAGUGCCUUGACUGGACAUAAACGUAUUCAUACCGGAGAAAAGCGAUUUCAUUGUGAUAUCUGUGGUAAAGCAUUCUCUCAGAGUACGGCUGUGAAAAUGCACAAACGUAUUCAUACCAGAGAAAAACCAUAUCACUGUGAUAUCUGUGGUAAAUCAUUCAUUCGAAGUAAAGAUUUAGAGGUUCAUAAACGCAUUCAUUCUGGAGAAAAACCAUAUCAUUGUGAUAUCUGUGGUAAAUCGUACACACAAAGUAGUGCCUUAAGUUAUCAUAAACACAUCCAUACUGGAGAGACACCAUAUCAGUGUAAUAUCUGCGGUAAAUCAUUCCCUAGAAAUAAUUCCUUGAGUGGUCAUAAACGUAUUCAUACUGGGGAAAAACCGUAUCAUUGUGAUAUCUGUGGUAAAUGUUUCUCUCAAAGUACUGCUGUAACUGUACAUAAACGUAUUCAUACAGGAGAGAAGCCAUAUCAUUGUGAUAUCUGUGGUAAAUCAUUUAAUCAAAGCAAUCAGUUAAUUAAACACAAGCGUAUUCAUACAGGAGAAAAGCCCUAUCACUGUGAUAUCUGUGACAAAUCAUUCUCUCGAAACGAUGAGUUAACUGCUCACAAAUAUAUUCAUACAGGAGAAAAACCAUAUCAGUGUGAUAUCUGUGGUAGAUCAUUCCUUCAAAAUAGUGCCUUGACUGGACAUAAACGUACUCAUACUGGAGAAAAACCAUUUCAUUGUGAUAUCUGUGGUAAAUCGUUUUCUCGAAGUACUAACUUAGCUGGACACAAACGCAUUCAUAAUGGAGAAAAACGAUUUCAUUGUGAUAUUUGUGGUAAAGCAUUCUUACACAAUAUUUCCUUUAUUGGUCACAAACGUAUUCACACCGGAGAAAAACCCUUUCAUUGUGAUGUCUGUAAUAAAGCAUUUAUUCGUAGUAAUGAUUUAAGGAGACAUAAAACUAUUCAUACUGGUGAAAAACCGUAUCAUUGUGAUGUCUGUGGUAAAUCAUUUGCUCAAAGUAAAACCCUGGCUGAUCACAUACGUAUUCAUACUGGAGAAAAAUUAUAUCAUUGUGAUACAUGCGGAAAAGCAUUGUCCACAAAUCAUUCGUUGACUGAUCACAAACGCAUUCAUACAGGAGAAAAGCCAUAUCACUGUGAUAUCUGUGGUAAAUCGUUUACUAUACGUAAUUCCUUGGUAAGCCAUCUACGCAUUCAUACAGGAGAAAAACCGUAUCAUUGUGAUAUCUGUGGCAAAGCAUUCUCUCAGCAUAAUGCUGUAACUGUUCACAAACGUGUUCAUACCAGAGAAAAGCCAUAUCAUUGUGAUAUCUGUGGUAAAUCUUUUUCCCAAAGUGCUACUGUAACUGUUCAUAAACGUAUUCAUACAGGAGAGAAGCCGUAUCAUUGAUUUAUCUGUAGUAAAUCGUUCUCAUACAGUAAGCUAUUAACUAAGCAUAAAUGUUUUCAUAUGGGGAAAAAUCAUAUUACUGUAAUAUCUGUGCUAAAUCCUUCUCGCCAUCUGAUAAUUUAGCUAUUCAUGUCUGUAUUUUUACAUGAGAGAAAGAACUUCAUUCUGAGAGGUGGGAGACUAAAAAAUCUCUUAAUUGUUUGCAUUGAUAAACAAUUGUGGCCCUAAAUAAUAAGGAAAAGAAACAAAUAAAGUACAGUAUUUCCUUAUACUA